UGUGAGGCCGGAGCCGGUCGCCGAUCGAUAAUAACAAAUAUAAUGGAUACAACAGUGUGAUCGUGAAUGACUUGCAUAAUGGUUUUUAUAUAAAUCUUCAUUAGACUUGUAUUUAUUGAGAAACAUGUUACGAAUCGCGUAUUUCUUUGCAAUAAUAACUUGUGUUCUAUGUAGCGAUGGUGAUAGAUCACCUUUCUACAAUAAAUGUCUCAAAAGUUGCGUUAAAUCUAAUUGUACAGCAGAUGAUAGCUUUUUGCCAAGCGCAGCAAAUAAUCAAGAUGUAUGGAGUAAAAUGUUAUUAUGGAGCUGUCAAGAUGAAUGUCGGUACUCCUGCAUGUGGAAGACUGUGCAAGGUUUCCAUGAGCGAGGCUUUGCUAUACCUAAAUUUCAUGGCAAGUGGCCAUUUGCAAAAAUCUUGGGAAUACAAGAACCAGCAUCUGCGUUUGCGUCAGUGCUGAAUCUUGCUGUACAUGUGUUUAUGUACAACGAGAUUGCGAGACUCUUCCCGACCAGGUCUAUGCCUGUUGUGCUGUUUUGGCAUGUGUUUGCUGGGAUAUGUAUAAAUGCUUGGUUUUGGUCUACAAUAUUCCACACCAGAGACAACUAUUUCACAGAGUUUAUGGACUAUGUUUGUGCUUUGUCUAUGGUCAUGAGUUUAUUUGUUGCGGCGGUAUUAAGGGUGUUUCACAAGCGGAAGACGAUAUCAGGCGUCGCGCUCCUAUCAACACUGGUGUAUUUCGUAGAGCACGCGUUAUAUCUGUAUACGGGACAGAUCGACUACGACUAUAAUAUGCAAGUCAAUGUGAUAUUUGGUGUGCUAGGCUCCGUGAUCUGGUUAACCUGGGCGAUCAUCCAGUACAUAGCCGGUCGUCGCUACGUGCGGCGCCUGAUCCUCUUCAUCAUUCUCUCCGGAGUUGCUCUGACGCUGGAGCUGCUGGACUUUCCACCUAAGUUCGGAUGGGACGCGCACGCCUUGUGGCAUUUGACCACUGCCCCAUUGCCCUUCUUUUUCUAUAGGUUUGUAAUAGACGAUCUCAACUAUCUCAAGACAUCAGUACCAAGCGCAAAGAGUUACGUUAAAUCAAAUUGAAAUAUUGUAAUUUAAUUAAAAUAUUUAAAUAAAUAAAUAAGUUCAAACCACGA